CUCUGCUGAUCUUCUUGUAAAGAAACCCCAUUGUGUAUUGACAUCUGAUAUAUCCUGUUCCUCUGAGCCAAAGACCUACAUUGUUGUCCAGAAACUGUUAGGAACACACCAGUGAGCCACACUGUUAUAUACUCAGUCCCACACACACACACCGUCCUGCUGCUCCAAAUACUCACUAGAGCGCCAAACGUGGAUUAAUCCGCCACGGAAAAUAGUCCCCCGAACAAAUGCCCUAUUUCCUCCUGUUUGUUUGAUUCAAAAACUACUGUGAGGAUCUGUUUUGGGAAAUUAUUCAGGCUGUUUUUAAUUAAAAGUAUAUAAUAUAUGUAUUUGUAUGUAUAUGAUUUAUGUCACUGGGAACCAGUGGGCUGAAGGCCACAGACCGGGUAGUGAAGUCAGAAAGUACGAAGAGACGAACUAACACACUGUAAAAAACAAACAAAACAAAACAGUGAGACCGAAGGAGGUAUUAGCUCCUGCACGCAGAGAUCUGGCCACCAGGUCCUGUUCUGUUGGGACAUGUGUCUCCCUCUGGUCUCCUGUCAGCGCCCGGGGGGGGCCGGAGGGUCGAGGUGUGUUUGUGUCCAUAACAGAGCAGCAAACAGGACCAUUAGAGAUGAAAGGGCCUGAAUGGAGCCAAUCAAAGACGAGCCCAGCAGGAGACUGUUGCCCCACAGACAGCAGCAGCCUGGGACUGGGGCCGAGGAGGAUGAAUGACCCCCUCAUCAUGGAUAAGGAGCAUUUACACACACACACACACACACACACAUCAGGAUUACUAUCUGUUUCAUUGACCCAGCUUGCCACAUGUACGUUUCAUUUUAGAUAAAGGCAGCAUGUCUGUGUGUGUUUCAGCACAAAAGACCAGACCAGAUGUAAACAAACAAAGACAGCUGAGGCCAGAGACUGUGCAGACACCCUUGGAGCAAAUGUGAGGGUUAGAAGAGAAGCAGGCGACUUAAAGGCAUUCGAACCGCAAGGAUCUACUCCCUCCGGCCUCUUCCGGGAGGAAACUCGGGGACUCUGCAGCCAUGAGAGGACACUUUUCCAUCGAGUGGAUGGCCCAGAGCAGCCAGCCCGCAGGAUCCGAGACCGUCCCAGCCUCUGGACCCACGGCCUGCGGGACGCACUCCGAGAGUCUGCCGGGUUUUUACUGCAGGCAAAAGUCGGAGAAUUCGCCUAAGCAGCGGGAGGAGAACGGGGGUCAGGGCCUCGAUGCCUUCAGCCUGAGCACUCUGCAGCACCAGACCUCUCUCAACAAUCAAGCGACAGAGGCCGGUUUCAGCAGCGGGACGGAGGAGGAGACCUCCGGGUACGAGAGCGAAGGGGGUCACUCCCUCUCCCCCUCGGCCCCCGCCGAACGCACCUCCGCCUCGCCGCCGUCCCCUCCGCUGGGCAGGAGACCCCGCACGGCCUUCACGGCGGAGCAGAUCAGCAGCCUGGAGAGGGCCUUCAAGAGGAACGCUUACCUGGGGACACAGGACAAGACCGAGCUCUGCAAGAGGCUCAACCUGUCCGACAAACAGAUCAGAAACUGGUUCCAGAACAGACGGAUGAAGCUGAAGCGGACUGUGCAGGACGCCCUGGCUCACGCCUGCCAGGCAAAUGUGGCGUCUCAGUUCAUGCAUUAUCCCGAGCUGCAGGCCUACCGGCCGGGACCCUACCCCAGAUACCACUCAGCGGCAGCGGCAGCAGCAGCGCCGGAGGCCCCGGCCGCCGCCUCCUACGUCCAUCCACACAGCCUGCAGUACAGCUCCCCGCUGCCCAGUGUCUCCACUCUGCCCCUGGACUCCUUCUACCAGUACAGUAGCCUCCCGGGGGUCAUGCUGCCCUCUGCCACCACUCAACUCAUGGCCUCCUACCCGACUUAUCCUCAGUAUUACUAACACUGUCUGCCCAACGAAGGUGAUCCCCUGGAGCUGCUGUAAUCUUUACUGUGAUAUUUUGUCAAACAAAAUAAAACUAUUGCUUUUAUUGUUUUGAACAAAAAUGUUCUCAUCUUAUCCUAAUAGGAUCAACACUAAUAGAUGAAAUAGAUGGUUUAUAAGAAACAUGGCACGAUUACUGCUGUGAAGCUUAAAUCUUAAUCGUGAAUCAAACAGGGUAGUGUGCAAUAUUGUGAUUUAUGUGUGUGUAUCUGCUUGUAACUGAUGUAUAGUUUGGAUAUAUUUAA